AGAAAUCACACUCUCAUUCAACUAACUCAGCAACCGAGUCUGUAUUCUCUAAUUCUGUUUUACUAACUUCCACAGGUGAUAGAUUCAUUCCUACAGAUCUUGAUGAACUUGCCAUCUCGAGUUCUUGCAAUGGGUAGCAGCCACACUUGGUUUUGGAGAACCGGCAUGUGUCUAUGGCUAUUUUCUAGCUUCUUCAACCUUGGGUUCUCAGAGGCUGUUGAAGGGACAGUGGUGUAUGUGAAUGGGAAGAAUGCCACUGCAAGAACAGACAGUGAUUUCAUUUGUGCCACCUUAGACUGGUGGCCGCCUGAUAAGUGUGAUUAUGGCACUUGUGCUUGGGACCAUGCUUCUCUCCUUAAUUUGGAUCUUAGCAAUGUCAUACUAUUGAAUGCCAUAAAAGCUUUCUCACCUCUAAAGAUUAGGCUUGGAGGCACUCUGCAAGACAUUGUAGUCUACGACACCGAAAACCAUACCCAACCCUGCACUCCAUUUGUUAAGAACAACACAGAAUUGUUUGCCUUCACUCAUGGCUGCCUGCCCUUGUCCAGAUGGGAUGAACUCAAUGCAUUUUUCAAUAAAUCUGGUGCUGUUAUUAUUUUUGGUUUAAAUGCUCUCUAUGGACGAGUAAAGAGUAACGGAGCUUGGAAUUCAACAAAUGCUGAAUCUUUUAUACGAUAUACGGUCAAGAGGGGGUACACCAUCCACGGUUGGGAGCUAGGCAAUGAGUUGAGUGGAAGUGGAGUGGGGGUGAGCAUUGAUGUGGACCGGUAUGCGUAUGACACGGUCCAUCUUCACGGCCUAGUGCAAAUGAUAUACAAAGACAUAGAAGCUAAGCCACUUAUUGUGGCACCGGGAGGGUUCUUUGAUGCAGAAUGGUACAAGGAGUUUCUUGACAAAACACACAAUGCAUUGAAUGUAAUGACUCACCACAUAUACAAUCUUGGCCCAGGGGUAGACGAGCACCUUGUAGAGAAAAUCCUUGAUCCAUCUUAUCUUGAUGGCGAGGCCAACACUUUUCGCCAACUUCGUAGCAUACUCAGCAACUCAGGAACUUCAGUGAGGGCUUGGGUUGGUGAGGCUGGAGGGGCUUAUAACAGUGGACGCAAUGGUGUAUCCAAUGCUUUCGUUUAUAGCUUCUGGUAUCUUGACCAGCUUGGGAUGUCUGCAAAGUAUGACACGAAGACAUACUGCCGACAAUCGCUGAUUGGUGGAAACUAUGGCUUGCUCAACACCACAACCUUCAUGCCAAAUCCAGACUACUACAGCGCGCUUCUUUGGCACCAGUUAAUGGGAAGAACAGUUCUGGCAACUAGCUUCUCCGGGACAAGGAAGAUGCGGGCUUAUGCUCAUUGCGCAAAGCAAUCUGAAGGGAUCGCCUUGCUUUUGAUCAACCUUGAUGGAGAAACUCCAGUGGAAGUCAGUGUGGUCUACAACAGAACAACUCCAAAUGGCCAUGUCAGGCACAGGGGGCAUCACCAUGGCCAUGGGAUGAGUUAUGAGAGAGAAGAUGUGGAGAGAGAAGAGUACCAUCUGAGAGCUAAGGAUGGGGAUUUGCACAGCCAAACUAUGGUGUUAAAUGGGAACGAAUUAGCCGUGAAUUCAUCAGGGCAGAUACCGCCAUUGCAGCCUCGUCUUGUGAGCUCAUCUCAGCCAAUAGCUGUUGCUCCUUAUUCCAUUGUUUUUGCUCAUAUACCAAAUGUCUCUCUGCCUGCCUGUUCUGCUUAGGAACUAUAGGAACAGGUCCCAACUUCAGGUCUUUGAAGUUUCAAGCCACUUUCUUUCUUAAAUGUAGAAUCAUGUUCUUUUUUUUAAAAUUUAUUUAUUUUGUUUUUCUCAUUGGUGUUGUGAAGCAUUUUAGAGCAAUAGUCAUGGUACACAAUGCUUAAAAUGCAAAAGUUGAUAAAAUGUAAGUUGGGUUACAUUCGUUUUCGAAAGUUUUUGAUACGAAGUGACGGGCAAUAAUUCCACCAAUUGAUCCAGCUUUGUGAGCGGAUCGUAAGAACAAUGUUA